AGCCGAUGCCACGUGACCCAAUGUGGGCUUCUUUUAAACCUUUCUAAUGCCCAUAACCCAGCCUCAGACCCAUGGAGCCCACGACAGACUGCCCGCUGUUCGGGGGCGCCUUUUCCGCCAUCCUCCCCAUGGGGGCCAUUGACGUAAGCGACCUCCGACCGGUCCCGGACAAUCAAGAAGUUUUCUGCCAUCCCGUGACGGACCAGAGCCUGAUAGUGGAACUUCUCGAGCUGCAGGCCCACGUGCGGGGCGAAGCGGCUGCGCGGUACCAUUUUGAGGAUGUUGGUGGCGUGCAGGGGGCUAGGGCUGUCCAUGUGGAGUCUGUUCAGCCUCUCAGUUUGGAGAACCUGGCCCUGAGGGGCUGCUGUCAAGAAGCCUGGGUCCUCUCUGGCAAGCAGCAGAUAGCUAAGGAAAACCAGCAGGUAGCAAAGGACGUGACACUUCAUCAGGCCUUGCUGAGGCUGCCCCAGUACCAGACUGAUCUCUUGCUCACCUUCAAUCAGCCCCCCCCUGACAACAGGUCAUCUCUUGGCCCUGAAAAUCUGUCACCUGCACCCUGGAGCCUGGGUGACUUUGAACAGCUGGUGACCAGUCUGACCCUUCAUGAUCCCAACAUCUUUGGUCCCCAGUAAAGGCGCUGAAGCACUGCAUGAUGUUGCUGAGAACUUGGGGACUCGGUUCUGUGAGGGGGAAAAGAGGUUGAAAAGAGGGUUUCCUCUUAUUUCUUCCCUGUGCAUAAACAUAAGACAAUCCCUCUUCAGAAUAAACUUGCUUUAUAAUCAAUAUAA